GUCAGAAAUAAAAGAUUUCAACAUACUUAAAGUGUAAACAACAUUUAAACUUCAAAUAUAACCAUUUGUACAAACGUCAGCUUCUGUUUCUCCAACAUGGCAUUGGAAAGUAUUUGUGGUAUGGAUAAGAUGCCAUUUAUGAAGAGCUUUGGAUCUCGCACCUUGAAGCAAACAGUUGAUGAAAUCAGACUCGCAUCGAGUAACAUGGAUAAUCCCCUCGCCAUAAUGGCUCCGCCAUUUGAAAAUCCACGGGAAAGUGUGAAUAAGCUGAAUGCAGUAAGUGAAGUGCAGAUGGAUUUUGACCACGGAACCACCACGGUGGGUUUUGUUUACCAAGGAGGCAUCAUCCUGUGUGUGGAUUCCAGAGCCACGGCGGGAAGUUUUAUUGGAUCCCAGAGCAUGCAUAAAAUCGUGCAGGUGAACCAGUAUAUGAUGGGUACCAUGGCAGGUGGUGCAGCGGAUUGCACAUACUGGGAUCGAGCUUUGACCCGGGAAUGCCGACUGCACGAGCUCCGCUAUAAGGAGAGACUUCCGGUGCGAUCUGCUGCCAAAUAUAUCUGCAACGUGGCUACGGAAUACAAGGGAAUGGGUAUCUGCAUGGGAAUGAUGUUGGCCGGUUGGGCGCCCGAAGGACCCAGUUUGGUAUACGUGGACUCCACCGGACUGCGGCUCCAUGGAAAGCUUUUCGCCGUGGGCAGUGGAGCCCCGAUUGCCCUGGGAAUUUUGGACUCUGACUACCGCUUGGAUCUCAGUGAUACCGAGGCCUACGACCUGGCCUUCCUCUCAGUAUAUCAUGCUACCAUGACAGAUAUCUUUUCCGGCGGUGUGGUGAGACUGUAUCACAUGGAUCAAGGCAACUGGAGGAAUGUGGCCAAUAAGGACUGCCAAGAACUGCAUGAACAGUACUCAGGUGUGAGAAAUCAACAAGCUCUUUAAGUACUUCAUUUGUUUAGAGCAUUACACGGUUUACUACGUUAUCCGAAACGAAAACACCCCUUUUAGAACAAACACUUGCGGUUUACCAAAUUAAGACCAUCAAAUAAAUGCUGUUGACUUAUUUAUUUUCUAA